UAUCAAUAUAUGAAGAUUUACAAGCGAUGUCACCAGCAUAUAACAGCUAUGACAAUAUCAAGAGACAGCACCAAAAUACUAUGACCCCAAAUGAAACGAAGCACCUACAAAUGAUGAAACUGAGAAUGAUGACACCAAAGG